UUGGCUCCAUCAGUCGAAUUCUUCCAGUGGCCUGAAGGCAAAAGUGUGUUUUUUAAUCGAAAAAAGAAAAAAUGAUUCUAAAAGCGGUGGUUUUGUUGCUGAUUCCGGUUUCCCUGGCAGUCGAACAGGAAUCGAGCUAUCCUUUGUGGCAACCCCUACUUGGAUUAUUAGAGACCUGCCAAUCGAAGAACUACCAGCUGCAGGAGAAACUUUCGGAGGUCCAAAGUCAACUAUUCGAAGUUAAUCUAAAAAAAAAAGACUUGCAGGCCGAAAUAGCUCAACAAGCUGCUCAAAUCACUCGGUUGCAGGACCAAACCUCUGAACUCGGCAAGCUGAAGGAUCUUUUCAGGGAAGAGAUAGCAAAGUUGCGGGAAGUUGUGAAAAGUGGAAGUGGAACUGAACCCAAUGAGGCAGAAAAGAAUGCGACUAUUGCGGAAAGUGGAGAAUUGGCAAAAAAUGAAGCUACGAAUACUACUCACUUCAACUCAACUCAAGUUGAUCUUCCAGAUCGGUGUCCAUCAACACAAGAUACAUGGCGGGUCUACCGAGAAAUUCAAUUCCCAGGAUUGGAACCUUUUCAAGUAACUUGCUACUCAUAUAAGAGGGUUGGAUCUGGAUGGAUGGAGGUUUUUUUUAAAAAUUAUUAUUCAACGGAAUUUAAUCAAACAUAUGAUCAGUAUAUAAACGGAUUUGGAGAUGUGGAGGAGGAACACUUCAUUGGACUUGAAAAAUUACAUAUUUUAACGAGCCAGAAGCCGCAUGAGGUGUAUAUUACCUAUUAUACACCUCCUGCAGGCAUCCAUAGUCGCAGAUUCUAUGAAGUAUUAUGCAGGAACUUCGUUGUGGGCGACAGGAGCGAAGGUUACAGCCUGAAACGGCUUGACGGCUGUAGUGGAGAUACUUCCCACUUCAAUCUCAUUCAGGGAACAAAGUUCUCGACAUUCGAUCGCAAUCAAGAUGGGAAUCCGGAUCACAACUGGUCACGGGAUUAUGGCAAUGGAUUCUGGUUUAAUGCUGGAAAGCCAAUUUUUGAAAAAGGGGCAUUCAUUCAUUUUCUAAUACGAAGGUAGGAUUGAAGAUCUCAUAAGCUCUCAGAAGUGGCCUUUGGAAAAUAAAAUAUUAUGACAAGAUGACUGGAAUUUGAAUAUUAUGUUAUUUGAUUGUUAAAAAAG